CCACACCAACUCCCCCAAGUCCGACGACGUCGUCGAGCUCCCACUCUUCCCUCUCCCACUCGUCCUAUUCCCCGGUGCCAUCCUCCCUCUUCAGAUCUUCGAGUUCCGCUACCGCAUCAUGAUGCACACUCUCCUCCACACCGAUCUCCGCUUCGGAGUUAUCUACACGGACGCCGUCUCCGGCACCGCCGAAGUCGGCUGCGUCGGCGAGGUCAUAAAGCACGAGCGCCUCGUCGACGACAGGUUCUUCCUCAUCUGCAAGGGCCAAGAGCGGUUCCGCGUCACCAAGGUUGUGAGGACCAAGCCCUAUUUGGUAGCGGAGGUGACGUGGCUGGAGGACAGGCCUUCGUCGGCGUCGGAGGACCUUGACCUGGAGGGGCUUGCCGGCGAGGUGGAGACUUACAUGAAGGACGUAAUUCGAUUGUCGAAUCGGUUGGGCGGGAAGCCUGAGAAGGAGGUUGGGGAUUUGAGAAGGAACCUGUUUCCGACGCCGUUUUCGUUCUUCGUUGGGAGCACCUUCGAGGGCGCACCCAGAGAGCAGCAGGCUUUGCUGGAAUUGGAGGACACGGCGGCGAGGUUGAAGAGGGAGAAGGAGACACUGAGGAACACACUCAACUACCUCACUGCUGCUUCUGCGGUCAAAGAUGUCUUCCCUUCUUCUUCCUCUUCCUCUUGAGAUCGCAUAGUCUUAAACAAGUUAGUUCUUUAGUUAAACAAGGAGUGUGAUUAAUUGUAGUUAGAAUAUUCUCUUUCUCUCCUUACAUAUAUUGGCUGCAAAGGGCAAAACGCCAAGCUAUUAUUGCAUAUGUUCUGUUUUGCUCUGAAACCAACACCACCAUGAACCUAUUGGAAAAAUCUGUAAAUUUUUUUUGGUUAUAUUUUUCCUUUCCUUUAUAUCCUUAA